UCAUCAGCUGUUUGCGGGAUGCCCAGAGCGGGCGUAUUUUGGAAACAAUACCGCGCGGUGCGCCGUGGCCUCCUCCCGCGCCAGCUCGCGCCCGCAGCAGUCGCUACCCCAGCCCGCGCCACCGCCUCCCACUGCAGCCCGCUGGAGUUUGCCCCCACCUUCCCAAUCGAGUGUGGGCGCCAAGUCCCCCGAGUGUUCGUCACCCUGGACCCUGGCGCAGAGCCCUGGCAUCACGACUCGGAGGCUGAGACGCUGUCCUGGAGUCACCCAGGAGAGAUGGAGCCACCUCAGUGUGUGGAGGAGCUAGAAGAUGAUGUGUUCCAGCCAGAGGAUGGGGAGCCAGGCACACAGCCUGGGAGCUUGCUCUCUGCUGACCUGUUUGCCCAGAGCCAGCUGGAUUGUCCCCUCAGUCGGCUGCAGCUCUUCCCUCUCACCCACUGCUGUGGUCCUGGGCUCCGGCCCAUAAGCCAGGAAGACAAGGCCACUCAGACCCUCAGCCCAGCUUCCCCAAGCCAGGGUGUCAUGCUGCCUUGUGGGGUGACAGAGGAACCCCAGAGACUGUUUUACGGCAAUGCUGGCUACAGGCUUCCUCUCCCUGCCAGUUUCCCUGCAGGCUCACCCCUGGGGGAGCAGCCCCCUGAAGGACAGUUCCUUCAGCACCGAGCAGAGGUACAGAUCGCAAGAAAGCUUCAGUGCAUUGCAGACCAGUUCCAUCGGCUUCAUAUGCAACAACACCAGCAGAACCGAGACCGAGCAUGGUGGCAGGUCUUCCUCUUCCUUCAAAACCUGGCCCUGAACAGACAAGAAAACAGGGAAGGGGUGGGUCCCUGGUGAGGCUGGCCUGCCCUUGUCGGAUGGAUCACCAGGAAUGCAGUCUGCAACAGACAUUCUGGGAGGACAGAUACUGUCUUGUCAAGUUUUGUUAUUCUUAAUUUUCCAUAUGUACAUACUGCAUACCCCAGUGGGAUCUUCUUUCCCCAUUCAGAACCUUCACUGGGGAUGGGGGCCUUUGUCAAACACUGUUGAAGGAGAGAGAGGCAGCUGUGUCUGGUGGUAGAGUUCCUAAGACUCUGAAGAUGACCAGUUGGUGAUGUUCUCCAGGAAGUGGACUAAGGCUUGCUACCGGAGCUGGUUAAGUCAGGUUAGACUUGCAGUACCAUCAAACAUGUCAGCCUUCCCUCGUGCCCGAUGGAAUGAAUCAUGGCUUUAACCCACCAGGACCUUGCCUGGGAGCUUCCUGGCUAAGAACGACUGUGCCUUGGCUAGCUAGCUUUACAUCUGGGUUUCCACUUGGCACAACCAGUGCCCACUGCAUGGGCUCAGGGAUUCUUACUCAGAUGCUGUCAACCUCCAGAAGACCUCAGGGAGGGUUGGACUUCUCCAAGAACCCCUCAAAGGUGCCACAAAAUGAAUCAAACUUGAGAGGCUUCAAGUCUGACUUGGUCCUACAUGGAAGCCCCUUGAUUGGUCCCAAGGGUGCAAAUUACUGCCACUUUUGCUGCCUCGGUUUCAACCAUGUGGGAGCCAAGUAGCCAGUCACCAUGCUGUUGUACCCAGCGGCCUGUGCCUUUGUCAGCUCUGUUUUCAAAAGACCCUGCCAAUGACUGGACUGGAUUGGACUGCACCCAGCUCAGCAGCAGCACUUCGAGAUGGGGUGGGCUUGCUGGGGAUGUGGGAACCAGGCAGCCACCCCACUGAUAAGUCUGUCCCAGGGGAAUCGUAGACCUCUUGGUUUCCUUGGAAACAUGUACCUCCUUCCCCUUACCCCCAUUCCUCUUCUGUACCUAGUGGGAUACAGGAAGAAGCUAGGACAGUGGCUUUGUCAGCUGAAAUGUGACUUUAGAAGUAACAGACAGUGUUUAGAAUAUGGAACCUGCAGAGCUGACACAUCUCAAAUCUUCCUUUAGCUUUCGGCUAGGCCAGAAGGGAGAAUUCUAGAACCCAGCAGGAUCUCAGCUUCCUCUGAACUUCUUCCCUCUCUCCCUGCUGCAGAGCUCAGGGAGGGAACGUAAAGCAGCUGAUCUUAGAAAUUAAGUCCUAAUUUUUAUGCAUGUAAGGAAAGACAUUGGUGCUAUAAUGAAGAUGAGCCAAGGCUCAAAGAAAAGAUGGCUUCCCUGAACAAAGAAGAUCCAAGAGCCCAAACAGGGUUAUUCAAGGAACAUGGAGGAGAAACGCAGAGUAGACUCAAAUUGAACAAGCCCAAUGACUCCCCAUUUCUGCAAAGAGGGGGCAGGUUUCAGUACCAUAGAAGGGCACCUGAUCUCCUGGGUGUACAGUUGGGCAGGUUUCUCACUGCACAAGGCUCCCUACAGAGGGGGCUCAUAGAGGCUGAGGUUCAGCCCGUGCUCUGCUCUCUAGGCUGCACGUUCUGAUAUGAGCUACAUCUGCCUAGGGUUAGGGAUGUCUUUCCUAAUUUGCACAAAGGUACUGUGUGUGCUCUCAGUGAUCCUGAGGAGCGCCUUAAAGCAUGUGUAUAAGCCUUUGUGUUUUUCUGCUCAGAUGACCUGGAGAUAUUACCUCUUCUUGGCCACAAUCAUUUUCUCAGGGUGUAUACCAUGGUUCGUCUGCUAAGAAAAUGGGUUCCUGUUUGCAAGGAGAGGGGACCCAAGUAAUGAAUAUGAAGACUGGUUCUGAGGCACACUAGUUAUUGUGAAGCCCAGCCUUCCUACAUCCCACCACACCCCCCUCCACACACACACUGCAGUUUACAUGUGUGUAGGACAUAUGUGCUGUUCCCCUUUCCUGAAUCAAGGCUAUGACAGGCAGGCUUCUAGUAUGUGCUUGGUAUAUGUGCUUGGUACAUGCGUGCCCCUCCCCAUACAGAACCUUGUACAUCAGUCACCUUUAACAUGACUUAGUAGACUUUCUAUCUGUGCUAAGGCAUGGCUGUCAGCUUCAGCAACCUUGCCAGAUGCAGGCUGGGUACCUUGUGGCCUGAGAAUGGAGCCCAGAGUUUGACCUGAACAUUGAGCCUGGGACCAGGCAGAAGCUGGUCAGAAUGCACUGUCUCCACUUUGGGCCAAACCAGGACCAAACUCAGUAACUUGGGCAAGCCGGGGUAAAACUUAAACCCUCUUUUAUCUUCCUCCAACCCGAAUCCAGGCUGGAGUUGGAGCUCAAUGAUAAAGGGCUUGUCUGUCGGUCAAGAGACCUCUGGAUGGAUCCCAGGACUGUAAAAUAGAAAUAAAUAAAAAUACCUCCCCCUCCCGCAACCUCUAGGAGGCAGCUGGCAGCCCAGCUCAAGGAGGCAAGAGGUUCCCCCUGGCUGGUUGCUUUAAUUGGCCGGUGAUCUCUGCCUGGUGAAUUGGCUUUAUAGCCUCCCAGUCCAGCCCCAGGACAACCCCUCCCCUUUGCCUCUCCCCAACUCCAGGAGCCUGGCUGUCUCUAGUGAAGAGUGGAGAUGCAGAUUCAGAGGGAGGGAAGGUCUGACCUGUGUGGUGACCUGUAACCAGCUGAAGGCAGCAGGCUUUUGUGGUGUGCUGAGGAUGGGGGUGGGAGAGGGUCUGGAAAACUCAGUGUAGAAAUGCCCUAGAGGAACAGAAGCCCCAUAUUCAGGGGCAAAACUGCUCUCCUAAUUCACAAUCCCCAGGAGGCAUCUCUAAACAACGCCAGUGAACAGAUCUGGAGGGGAACAUACCCCAGUCCAGUCACUGACUCCCCCAGGGAGGCUGGGGUGGUACGAAGGAGGGUGGGGGGUGGGCAUUCUGCCUGGCCCUGUCUCUCUGUUUCAAAGUUUGGCUGUGCUGUUCAGUUGUCCCCAGUGGCCUUGUCUUGCUCAAUCAGAGGUGGAAAAAGAUCACCUCCCAGUGACCUCCUUCAGGCCCCAGGGGAUGGGCUGUGUCCAGAGCUAUGUGGCAGAGCUUGUUUCCAGGGCCCAGAGAGGCCCAGCUGGCCUGCCUUGCUGCCCUAGCCAUGAAACCCUAGCCCAGCCCUAAGCAUGGCAGGGAGUGGGUGUUGGGGACAGUCUAGCCAAGGCCCCUGUCUGUCCUAAGCUUUCCAGGAACUAAGCAGUGAAGUCACUGUGACUGUCCUGGUCAGUGAGGAGAAUAUUCCGAGGAGAGCUUUCCUUUCUGGGGACUUGGUAGGGAGUGGGGCACUGGGGCAUGGAGUGACAUAAGACAUCAGCCUUCAUGGCUCUGCAGGGUUUGGGGGAAUCAUUACUGUGGCCACUAUUUCCCCAGAGGAGCAAACUGUGGCUCUAUGAAGAUAAGGACUUUUGGAGGCAAGCUAUCCUGGCCUGGUACCCUGGUUGGACCCAGAGGGGUCCAGGGUGGAGCCACAGGCAUUUAAAGUUUCCUGGGAUCCCUGUGGGCUGCAGGCCUAGGACACAGAGCCUCAAGGAGACAGCAGAACAAAGCCGGGCUUUUCCAUAUAUGCCAGCUUUGGUCAAGGUGCUAUGAGGUAUGUGGCCCCAGGCUUGCACUGCCCCUCUCUCUACAGUUGUCUGAUGUCCACCCCAUCUCUGGGUCCACAGGAACUGACAAGGGGAGACCCAGUGAGAUGUAGCGUUUCCUUCAUCCCCAGUUUGGUUGGCCUGGGGUCUGGGCAUUCUGCCUUAAGGAAAGGGAUGAGGACCAUUAUUUUUUAACUUGUAUAUAAUAUUUGACUUUUUUUGGGUUCUUUAUAUGUAAACAUGUGUAAAUAUCCUCUCACCCAUCAAGUGGUACAAUUUUUAAUAAAACCAUUUAA